CGCGCGCGGAAAAGUUGUCGGGAUCUUCACUGGAUCCGAACCGAAGUGUCCGGAAUGUCGCGGAUGUUUCCCGAUUUACCUGAAAUAACGAGCGAGAACUUUGAACAGAGUCUCUCAUCUGAUCACACCUUCACUGAGUUCCUCAACGACUUUCUGCUGCUGCCUGUGUUUGCUGUGGCAGUGAGGUAUGAUGGGAUCUCUGCAGGUUUUGAGCUGCUGGAUCACACCGCUGUCCAUCUGUCCCGUCAGAUCAGAACCGCUCUACACGAGAUCCGGUCCAGAACUCUGUCUGACCCGAGCUGGAUCCCAGCAGAACCCGUUCGGGACAACAGCUACGCCGUCACCCGUCUGGAUCGAGAUCAAACCAUCCAGUGGCUGAAGAGAGACCGGCUGCCGUUUUUCCUACAGAGUGACUGUUACUUUGAGUUCAGGUUGGCUAAAUGUCUUUGUCAGCUCGGCGGUCCGGUGAGCGUCGGCGCUUCAUCCUGUCAAGCGCUGCAGUGUGAUGAGUGCCGUCUUUGCAGUUUUUCAGAGAAGACAAACAGCAGAUUCAUCUCUCCGAACACUGACCGGUCAGAGCCGGCCGACCGCAGCGCAGCAAACGGUCAGGCAGGAGGUUUGACGGCGAGACGCAGCUGUGACGCAGGUGCCAGACGGACUUUUCUGGACUUUAAGAAGUCUCUGGUCGGCGGCCCGGGAGAAAAUAUUCUACGUCUCUGGAUGGAUAUCGAACGACUGAAGACACUCAGCGCCAAGACCAAGAGCAGGUAUUUAGGGUGGAUGAAGGAUCAGUAUGUGAUGAGCAGCAGUGCGGCGGCUCUGAGUGAACAGCUGCUCUUUAGACUGGGCUUAAACAGCACCACCUGCUGGAACGAGAAGAGACUGCAGGACGUCCAGCCCCGUCUGUCAGAGAUCCUGCUGCUGUACUGGGGUCAUCGUUUCCACUUAUUUCCAUCCGAUCAGUGGCAGAUAUGUGAGCGAGUGUUGAGUUCUUCUGUCUGUACGGAGCUCUGCGUCCCCUGUCUCCCCGUAUGCGCGUCUGUCUCCGUCUGCGCAGACACUGGACCGCAGCCUGUGUGCGUCUGCAGUGAUUUGAGAGUUGAGGACGGCAGUGAGAUUCAGACUCUACUGGAGGUUCUACAGACUGAAUCCAGAUCUGGUUUCUUUUUCACUUGUUUCUGUCAGAAUUCAGGGCAGCAGCUGUGGGAGAAUGCUGUGUAUUUCUGCUCAGAACUGCUACAGUACCACCAACUCUUCAGUCAGAGCAGAUUUGAUCCGUACCGAGCACAACGCACGGCUCAGCUCCUGUAUGCCUCGUACCUGAGCAGCGGCGCUCAGAUGAGCAUUGGCUUGAACGAGGAGGACAGGAGAGCCGUUCUGCUGCGUCUGAGUCCCCCGUUUGAGGACCUGUUUGACCGAGCGGAAGAACACGCUCUGAGUGUCCUGCUGGAGCCCUGGACGCUGUUAUCAGAGAGACUCAGAGACGCGCCGCACACUGUGUCGCAGUGGCAGGAGGUGCGUUACGCCGAGGCUGAGCUCUUCCAGACGCUGCAGACGCUUUAUAAGCGCACGCAGAGCAGACGACAGCAGGAGCGCAGGACUGCAGCUUCACCAGCGGAGGGCGGCAGAGCGCCGGAUCUCUGGUCGAAGGUUCCGCGUGAGUUUCGCGGGGUCCGUCUGGAUUCUCUGCUGAGGAACCGCGUGGAACUGCAGCACUUCCUGUCCUUCCUGGAGGAGAAUUCAGCCAGUUUGGAGCUGCAGUGCUGGCUGGAUGUGGAGCAGCUGAAGAAGAGUGAUGAAGCACUUCUGGAAGAGAGAAACACCAGCAUCAAAGACAAAUAUCUCAGCAGCAACUUCCUGUUUGGACCCGGCAGCCCGGCCACUGCAGAACAGCAGAUGAAGCUGCUGCAGAUGUGCGGUGGGUGGCAGCGUCUCCAGCAUGAGUGUGUCUCUCUGUCUGUUCUCACUGAGCUUCAGUCUCUGCUUCACAAUCGUCUGGAAACUCGAUGGCUGCCGCUGUUUCUCUCGAGCUCACAGUUCAUCACGCGUCAGCAGCAGAAGGUGACAGACGUGCAGUGUGAGCAGCAGCCGGUCGUCCGUCAGCGCAGGAGGAGACACGUGUGGAAGGCGUCUGGAGGUCUGAUGAGUUCGUCUCAGGAGUCGGUGGCUCUGCGCAGGGCUCUGUCGAAUCCCGUCACCUGUCUUCAGUUCCAGAAGUUUCUGUCCGUCCGUGACGAUCUGCUGGAGAACGAUCUGCUCUUCUGGCUGGAGGUUCAGAGAUACAAGGAUCUGUGUCACUCCCGCUGUGAUGACGUGACGCUCCAGAGGAAGGUGUCCAUCAUCAUCAGCUGCUUCAUCAGUUCGUCCGUCCCGCCGGCGCUGCAGAUCCACGUUCCUCCUGAUGCGGCGCAGCGUGUCGUGAGUCAGCAGCGAGCGCUCGGCCCGUACGUCUUCAGAGAGACGCAGGCGUGUGUGUUCGACGAGCUGCUCAAGCACUGGCCGGAUUUCAUGGCGUUGCGCUCCGCCGUCGGGGAGGACGAGCUGCAGCGAGUGCUGGACAGAGAGAGACGGAGCAGAACGACAGAAGAGCAGGACCACAGCAGCUCUACGCAGGAGGAGGAUGAGGCUCAUUCCACUGCUGAUGAAGAGCAGAACUGCAGGACUGACGGCACACGAGCGGCCACCUAUAAGAUCUGCUGGUCGUACACCAAACACAUGGCGGCGCUGGAGCUCCACAAAACACCAGAGAGCAGCGCAGCCGUGACGUCUUCAUCCUCAUCGUCUUCAUCAUCAUCUUCUUCAUCCAUGACAGACAGAAGCUCCGGACGCAAACACAGCGGCCGCACGUCCGACCAGAUGAAGAAUCAGAACAAACACCACUGAGCUGAAAAAC